ACUGCUACGCUGUGACAUCAGAGCAAAGAUGGCUGCGCCCUGAAGGCUUUCCCUGGUACCCUAAAGUUUUGCGCCUAGCUCGUGUCAGGUUCAGGGUCAGACUCUGCCUUUCUCCAGCUAUGUUUUCUCUCCGAGGUUGUGGUCUCUGUGUCGCGUCUUCCCUCACCAAAAACCACCUUUCGUUGGCCCGGUUCAUCGGUGACAGCGCGGCGCCCUUGGCUACGAACUUUGACGUGGUAGUCAUUGGCGGAGGACAUGCCGGGACCGAGGCAGCCGCCGCUGCUGCUCGGUGCGGCUCCCGGACUCUGCUACUCACCCACCGCGUGGACACGAUCGGUCAGAUGUCCUGUAAUCCUUCCUUUGGUGGCAUUGGCAAGGGGCAUUUAAUGAGGGAAGUUGAUGCCUUGGAUGGCCUGUGUUCUCGAAUCUGUGACCAGUCUGGUGUACAUUACAGAGUAUUAAACCGGCGUAAGGGACCGGCUGUUUGGGGUCUGAGAGCUCAAAUUGAUAGGAAACUCUAUAAGCAGAACAUGCAGAAAGAAAUCCUAAACACACCGCUGCUUGCUGUUCAGGAGGGAGCGGUGGAAGACCUUAUUCUUACAGACCCAGAGCCCGAGCACGCUGGGAAAUGCCGUGUCAGCGGUGUGGUUUUAGCGGAUGGAAGCACAGUACAUGCAGAGAGUGUGGUUCUAACUACCGGGACGUUCCUGAGAGGCGUGAUUGUAAUUGGAUUGGAGACGCAUCCGGCAGGGCGUUUAGGGGAUCAGCCUUCCAUAGGGUUGGCUCAGACUCUGGAGAAGUUGGGGUUUGUGGUGGGAAGAUUGAAGACUGGGACUCCACCCCGAAUUGCCAAAGAGUCGGUUAAUUUCAGCAUUCUAAACAAGCAGACACCAGAUAAUCCAUCCAUACCAUUCAGUUUUAUCAAUGAGACAGUGUGGAUUAAGCCAGAAGAUCAGCUGCCAUGUUAUUUGACUCACACCAACCCUCGAGUGGAUGAGAUUGUCCUUGAGAACCUUCACCUUAAUAGUCACGUUAAGGAAACUACAAGAGGACCCCGAUACUGUCCAUCCAUUGAAUCAAAGGUUUUGCGUUUUCCAAACCGUCUACAUCAGGUUUGGCUGGAACCUGAAGGAAUGGAUUCUGACCUCAUCUACCCCCAAGGGUUAUCUGUGACACUACCAGCUGAAUUACAAGAGAAAAUGAUCACAUGCAUCAAAGGCUUGGAGAAAGCUAAAAUAAUUCAGCCAGGCUAUGGUGUUCAGUAUGAUUACUUAGACCCCCGUCAGAUCACUCCUUCUCUUGAGACUCAUUUGGUGCAGCGGCUCUUCUUGGCUGGACAGAUAAAUGGCACUACUGGUUAUGAGGAAGCUGCGGCUCAAGGUGUGAUAGCUGGAAUCAAUGCAAGUCUUCGGGUCAAACGCAAGCCUCCUUUUGUCGUCAGCCGAACAGAAGGCUACAUAGGAGUCUUGAUUGAUGACCUCACCACGCUGGGUACCAACGAACCAUACCGCAUGUUUACAAGCCGAGCAGAGUUCCGUCUGUCACUGCGCCCUGAUAAUGCCGACAGCAGGCUCACCUUCCGAGGGUAUAAGGAAGUUGGCUGUGUGUCCCAACGACGAUAUGAAAGAGCUUCUUGGAUGAAGUCUUCUUUGGAAGAAGGCAUUUCUGUGCUAAAAUCCAUUGAGUUUUCAAGUUCUAAAUGGAAAAAGUUAAUUCCAGCGGCUUCUAUAAGUAUUGGUAAAAGUCUGCCUCUCAGAGCUCUAGAUGUUCUGAAGUAUGAAGAAGUUGACAUGAAGUUGUUAGCCAAGGCUGUUCCAGAGCCCUUGAAGAAGUACAUUAAAUGUAGAGAGCUAGCUGAAAGACUGAAAAUAGAAGCCACUUAUGAAUCAGUGUUGCUCCAUCAGCAACAAGAAAUAAAGGAAGUUCAGCAAGAUGAAGCACUCCAACUGCCAAAAGACCUAGAUUAUUUAACCCUCAGAGAUGUGUCUUUGUCUUAUGAAGUUAGAGAGAAGCUACAUUUCAGUCGCCCAGAAACGAUUGGGGCUGCUAGUCGUAUACCUGGAGUGACACCUGCUGCCAUCAUCAAUCUGCUUCGAUUUGUGAAGACCACUCAGCAAAGACAGAUGGCUAUGAAUGAAUUGCCCAAAAUUGAUCAAUCCUUAUGUGAUACAGACAGACUUGAAGAGAGACAGUUAUAGCUUUAUAUUCAUAGAAGACUUUUAAGUAGUACAAGACUACAGAUAGGAUAUAAGAAGUAUUUAUAUUUAGCACCUAUUAAAAUAAUAAAAUAAACUUACUAGGUUAUUAUGGAUUUGUCACUAAUUUAUAAAGAGGGCAGAGAUUAUAACUGUGCUUUUUUAUGUAUCUGAAAUGUUAUAAAGUCUUCAUUUAUACUCUUUCUCUCAGGUGCUCUUACACAGUGAGCCUAUUAAUAUAACUGCAGUGUUCAUCAGAGAGAUAAUAGUGGACCCACAACUAAACCUGAAGAAAAAUCUCAGCUUGCAGAUUUGCCUACUUAUAAGGACCUUGUCCAUUAAAUGUUACCAAAGUGAAAGUCUUACGUUCCAGCUUGUUUUGAAAGUUAGUCGUCUUUUGCUUGGUUAAUGAGGCAAUUUCAAAGCCCCCAAAUUCUUAGGGCUACAAAUUUUAAAAGAUACAAAAUCACAUCGAAUCAAGGGUGAAAGUUGACGUCUAAGAUUCCUCUACUUCUGCAGGAAAUCCUCACCAGUAAUUAUCUUUUUUUUCUUACUAGUAAUUAUCUUUGACCAUUAAUGAAAACCCUGUAAAAUAGGAAGAUUGGAAAUUAUCAUACUUUCCUAUGAUCCCCAAUAUGGAAAAUUUUUUGGCAACCUGGUUAAGGAAGAAUAAAGUAAAGGUAGUUACUUUAUAUCAUAUAAUAUUUUCUUAUGAAACUGUUAUGGCCAUGAUUUAACACUAAAGACAAAUCUAUAGUAACUGGUGACUAGUGUUUCCUUGUUUUUAAGUCAGAAGUAACAGAAAAACGGAAAUGGUUCUGGCAGUCCUUCCUCUUCCUCUUCAGUACUUUGAUUCUAUGUUGUCACAAAGUUUAGGGUGGGAUGACCACCUGGGUCCUUUGGCUGGCUGGUUCAGACACCUCAACCUUUCCAUGUAGACUAGAGGAUGAAUACAGACAAGCGGGCCACAGAGCCUUGCUUAUCCCUGGAAAUGCCAACUUGGAUCUCUGGUAUCAGUCUUGGAUCAGCUGGUAUCAGUCAAGGGAGAAGCUCCCAUGUCAGCUUCAAGCCAAAGCAGAUACUUAAGACAGUACAAAGGGCCCUGAAGUCACUCUGGCUACAGAUCUAUGUUUUAAGCCUGAUUAUGAGUGUGAGGCAGCCAAAUAUCUUAUUGCUAUAAUCAGAUAUGGCUACUUGGAUGUAGCUUAGUUUUCAUAAUUUGUUUCAUCUAAUUUUAGUCUUUCCAUUAAAGUAGUCAAUAUCAGUAUAAAGUAAAAAGUAUUUGUAAUGCUGGAUCAUUUAACAAUGAUGAAUUCUUUUUGAUACUUGAUUUAGUAAUUUCAAAAAGUGGUAACUUUUACUUUAGUUAUGGCUAUUCCUGGGCAGAAUUUUUAAUACAGAGGCAAUAUUGAUUACAAUACUAUAUUACAUUUUUAAAAGGCCAUUUUGCACUAUCUGUUUAGCACCAGAGGGAAAUCACUGUUUUAAAACUUUUUCUGGUUAGGGACGC